AUGAGCAGUUUCCGACGGCGGGCUGCAAUUUCCGUACCGUUUCCAAAUGCGUUUGACCCGAGUGGAGGGCCGAUAAUCAACAAGGAGGAUGUGCCACUCUCUUCUCCUCUUUUCAAGAACGUCUACAGGCCCAGCAGUUUGCAGCAGGUCGUGGAUGAGACGCAUUUUUCUAAAAAUGAAGUGCGGUCGAUCUACAGGGCAUUUAAGGAAACAUCUCCUAAUGCCGUGAUCAACCGAGAGAAUGUUAGAGAAAAAUUCGCUGAACUAUUCCCACAAGGCGAUAUUGAACACUACGCCGAUUUACUAUUCGAUACCUUUGACGAUGAUGGUAGCGGAGUUAUAAAUUUUCAAGAAUUUGUCCGAGCGCUAUCGGUUUUAUGUCGUGGGACUAUGGAUGAGAAACUAAAUUGGUUAUAUAAGGUCUAUGAUCCGAAAAAUAAAGGUGAAAUUACAUGGCAUCGACUUUUCUAUGUGAUUACUGCGACGGACGAUUUAAUCGGUCGAAAAGCUAGACCUGCAACGUCUAGGGAACAACGUGCGGAAAGAGCUAAUUUGAUUUUUGAGAAAUUUGAUCUCGGAAAGAAAGGCCGAAUCACAAAAGCCGACUUCUUCACCGUCUGCAAAACCGACCGCCAGGUCCUAGAUUCCAUCUCAGCUCUGUACACUAUUUUACCCGGG